AUGGAUGAUGCCAUACCAGCUAUCAAGUACGCCGCAAUACUGGUAGACUCUGUUGCGCCACCUUCUAAGGAUGAUUUCCAUGCUAUGCUUACUGGUUCCAUAAGAUAUGGUGUGUACGUUGGUGGUCCAUACGAUCUCGUGGAACGAAAAUACCGUGUUGCUAUCGAUGAAUCGUUGAUAGAAUGUGGCUGCACCGAUAAGCAAGAAUGCAAAAGAAAGCUGAAGGAUGAAAUGGAAAAUCGUUGGGAUCUCGAGUAA